AUGAAUCCUGAAUAUGACUACUUGUUCAAACUUCUUCUGAUUGGUGACUCUGGAGUCGGAAAGUCAUGUCUGCUGCUGCGCUUCGCGGAUGACACCUACACUGAGAGCUACAUCUCCACCAUCGGAGUUGACUUCAAGAUCAGGACCAUCGACAUGGACAGCAAGACAGUGAAACUACAGAUUUGGGACACAGCAGGUCAGGAGAGGUUUCGAACCAUCACCUCCAGCUACUACAGGGGAGCCCACGGCAUCAUCAUCGUCUACGACGUCACGGAGCAGGAGUCUUUUAACAAUGUGAAGCAGUGGCUGGACGAGAUAGAUCGCUACGCCUGUGAGAACGUCUCCAGGCUGCUGGUGGGAAACAAGUCAGACCUCGUCAGUAAGAAAGUGGUGGACCUCGCCACUGCUCAGGACCUGGCCUCGUCUCUCAAGGUCCCCUUCCUGGAGACGAGCGCCAAGAGCUCGGACAAUGUGGAGAGGGCUUUCCUCACCAUGGCCUCGGAGAUCCACAAGCGCGUGGCCAGCGAGGGAGGGGGGAUGCAGGGCGAGUCGAAAGACGCCAGGGCCCAAAGUGCCAAGAUCAACAGCGCCCCGCUGUGGCUGGGAGGGGAAAAACAGAUGCAGGAGGCCAGCAACUGCUGCUGAGCAGGAGGCAUGACCGCAUGGUUCAAAACAGAGAUGUGUCAUUUUAAAGGCAUCUGUCGAGUUUCAGGACGAUGUGAUUUUGUGCUUUGGACACACAUUUAUUGUCAGAAUGUUGA